AUGUCAUUCUUCAAUAACUGGGAUGAGGAGAAAAUUAUAAGAAUGGAUAAAAUAAAGAAGUUUGAGUUUUUAGACGAAAAUAACUUCAUAAAAGAAAUCGAGAACAAGUACUAUUACCUAACCACAAGCAUCGCUGACGUAGAAAGGAAGUUUUAUGAAGAGGAAAAUGCAGCGAUUGCAAAUGAACUUGAUCUCCAAGAUGUACAAAAAGAAAUGGUAAGCUUUAUAAAAAAGUUAAACAAGUACAAUCAAGCAAAAGAUAUUGCACAGAGUCUGAUGGGCAAAAUAGCCGAACUAAGAGGAGUGACAAUCAAAGCCAUCCAUGACGAGAUGGAAAUAUCACUUAAUGACGAAAUAUAA